AUGAGGGUCGAUGAUCAGCCCCCAUUUGCAAAUACAGGGCUAGACUUUGCAGGUCCAUUGACAGUUGCCAGUAAAGGUAACAAUGAUGGAGAAGAGAAGUUUUAUGUCUGUCUUUUUAGUUGUAUGUCGACAAGAGCAGUUCAUUUAGAACUUGUAGAAUCGCUCAAUGUCGAGUCAUUUUUACGAGCGUUUCGAAGAUUCACAGCACGUAGAGGUUUACCGUCUCUAUUGGUAAGUGACAACGCCAAGACCUUUAAGUCAGCUUCAAAGGAUGUAAAACAUCUUUUGCGUUCCCCUAGGUUAGGUGAAAGCCUUGAAAAGAAGGGAGUUAAGUGGCAAUUCAUAGUUGAUAGAAGCCCAUGGCAAGGAGGUGCUUGGGAAAGGUUAAUAAGGAGCGUAAAACGUUGUCUAAAAAAGGUAAUAGGUCGGUCAUACCUAACGCAAAUAGAAUUAAAUACCAUCUUGAUAGAGGUUGAAGCAGUAAUCAACUCUAGGCCAAUUACUUAUGUAUAUGAUGACACUGACGGUAUUUCAUAUCCAUUGACACCGUGUCAAUUAAUUAAUGGAAGAAAUCUAUCACUUUUGCCCCAAGACAGGUACUAUGAAAUGCUAAGUACAUACGAGGUUCUUUCAAAACGAGCCAAGUAUCAUAAGACUCUACUUCAACAAUUCACGAAGAGAUGGAAGAAGGAAUAUUUAACAGGUAUUAUGGAAGCUUAUAGACCGAAAGACAAACGGGAAGAGCCAGUCAUAUCGGUUGGAGAUAUAGUUCUUUUAAAGGAUGACGAUACAAAACGCACUUUUUGGAAAUUAUGUAAAAUUCUUGAGUUGAUUGAACAGAUUGUACAUAAUGAUUGUACAGAUGGAAGAGUAAGAUCAGCAAAGAUCCAGAUAGCAGGUGAAAGGAGUAAGGGUAAAGUAUUUAGACGUCCCUUGAAAUUACUUGUACCUUUAGAAAUUGCAUGUAAGGAACCUAACACAGAAGCAAAUCAAGUCAACGCACCUAUAGCGCCUGCGCAGCCAGCAGAUAGAACUAUUACGCGAUCUAAGCGCGCAGCUGCAAAGUUAGGAGAGUUUCUUAGAAGAGACAAUAUGUAA